CGAGCAUUAAUUUGAUCUUAGAUUAUACAUAUAAUAGCAUCACAGACAUGCCAAACAUUAAACCCAUUUAGUUAUUGCUCUAUCAGAAAUUAGCAUAAGCUACGAUUUAUUGCAGUGUUUAAGUAGACUUCGUCACUUGCUGUAUGAUCUAGCUCGAUCUAUGUUUAUCACGCCGAAGAUAGUCCGUUGUUAAUUGAAGCCGAAUCUGGUUUUUGGCUCAGACAUAAAUUUGCUUGGAUAGCAAAUUCCAUUGCGAUAGACAGCAAUGAAUGGGAGAUAUUAGUUAGUGAAUAGUGUAGCCACUUUUUGCACACCAAGUCCAGUAGAUGGGAUCCGUCAAUCCGUUUUGAUUGAUGAUGUGCAUUAUUUCCGUCGUUUGGGUUCGCUUCUAUAUAAAAGCCUUGCUCGGCUACUGAAUAAUGAUUAUUCGUUACUUCAACUCAAUAACACACGGAACUUAAGCACUUCAAAUGCAGCUCUAUAUCCUGGUUCUCGUCUUGGUGGGCUGCGCAGCUGCCGAUGGGGGCUACAACUAUGCGGCUCCCAGCUCAGCUGUGGCUGCUUCAGUUGCCGCUCCUGUGAAGGCUCCAGUUUCAGUUCCUGCUCCUGCUCCUGUUCGCAAAUAUGUUCCACCUGCUCCUGUCCCAGCUCGUGUUGCUGCCCCAGCUCCCGUUGCUCGAGUUCAUCAAGCAGCUGCUUCUGCUCCUGCCCAAACUUUCGCCGCGGCUGAAUCAGCUCCUGCUCCUGCUCGCUCUUAUGUGCCACCAGCUCGUAUUGCUGCCCCAGCUCCCGUUGCUCAAGUUCAUCAAGCAGCUGCUUCUGCUACUGCCCAAACUUUCGCCGCGGCUGAAUCAGCUCCUGCUCCUGCUCGCUCUUAUGUGCCACCAGCUCGUGCUGCUGCCCCAGCUCCUGUUGCUCGAGUUCAUCAAGCAGCUGCUUCUGCUCCCGUUCAAACUUUCGCCGCUGCUGAAUCAGCUCCUGCUCCUGCUCGCUCAUAUGUGCCACCAGCUCCAGUCGCCUCACGUCCAGCACCUGUACCAGUUCCCGCUGCUGUAGCUGCUCCUGCUGCCCAGGCUCGUCAUUAUGCAGCUGCCUCUGCUCCAGUGCAGUCCAUUGCUGUUCCGAUCGCAGCUCCAGCUCUUAGUUUCCAGUCUGCCGAUUCCUCGGACUCCAUUUUCGAAGCAGCUGCAUCGGCUCCGGCUGCCGCCCAUGCCGGCUACGAAUACCGAACUGUGCGUCGUCGCAUCUACAGGCAUCGUGCAUAAAGAGUUUUUUCAAAGAAUUUGAAUAAAUUUAUUUGCAAUCA